AUGUUUGGAAAGUCUCCCUGUGAAUCAGUAUGUGAUGUCAUUUCACAAAAUACGAAAACCUUAAACGGUUACGAUACUUUUGAGGGCACUUUUAAUGUAAUCAGGGAACCCUUAAGUAUCGGAUCUGUAGGGAUAAUAGACCAGAAUUAUCUGAAUUAUCGCAUAACAACGGAUAACGGACCGGAGUGCCUUAAAGUCAACGGAUUUUCAGGGAUAACGGACCGGAGUACCCUAAAGGUGGACUUCGGAAACUCUGGCUCGAUAUUUGUCCGCAUCCGGUACUUUAGAGAAUGCUUAUUAAAGUUACCAAAUGAUCACAAUCAAGUACGCGAAUCUGGUAUGAGACGGACUCGGGGAUUAUGGCGAGGAGUAGCAACAAUUGGUUACCACACUCGAAUAAAGUAA